UAAAUAAGACGCUAUCUGCUUUGAGAAGCGGUAACCAUAGGAUUCAAUGUGAAAGUGUCUCAACGUGUCAGGCCUUUGAAACAGACCACUGACAGCACAGAACGUUUCCGUUACAAAGCUGAUUGGCUGUCGGGCACGCCAAUCACCUGCAUCAGCAGCGAUUCAGUCGUCUCAGGACUCCCAUGACACUGUGGAACGAGCGUCUAAAUGACAUACCGCUUAUCCAAUCGGAACAACACAAACGGCCCCACGCCGACUGCUUUCGAGUAUACGCCGUAAACUUUGACUUGUUGGGCUCGCGGGAGGCUGGCUGCCAUCCUGCCUCUCGUCCUGUGCUCCGCCUCACACACGGGGCUGUAUGCGAGACAGGCAGUUUAGCGCGGCCUCCAAAUCGGCUCCCGAGCGAGUGCGCGCACCGUAGGCCUCCCGAGCGCCUGAAAGGACACGGGCGCGAGCCGGACUACUGAAACUCGUGGCUCCGAAGCAAAGGCUCUUUUUUUCCCCACCCAAGGCUACGGAAACAGCAGCGUCCAUCAUGGCGAGCGCCUCGUACCAUAUCUCCAAUCUACUGGAGAAGAUGACGUCCAGUGACAAGGACUUCAGAUUCAUGGCAACUAAUGACUUGAUGACAGAGCUACAAAAGGACUCCAUAAAGCUAGAUGAUGACAGCGAAAGGAAAGUAGUGAAGAUGAUAUUGAAGCUGUUGGAAGAUAAGAAUGGUGAAGUUCAAAAUUUAGCUGUGAAAUGUCUUGGGCCACUGGUAAGCAAAGUUAAAGAAUAUCAAGUGGAGACCAUUGUAGACACUCUUUGUACCAACAUGCUUUCAGACAAGGAGCAGCUUCGUGAUAUAUCGAGCAUUGGGCUUAAGACAGUAAUUGGAGAACUUCCACCAGCUUCUAGUGGAUCUGCUCUAGCUGCAAAUGUUUGCAAAAAAAUUACGGGCCGACUUACAAGUGCUAUUGCAAAGCAGGAGGAUGUGUCUGUUCAGUUAGAAGCAUUGGACAUUAUGGCUGAUAUGCUUAGCAGACAGGGUGGACUUCUGGUGAAUUUCCAUCCUUCAAUUUUGAGCUGUUUACUUCCACAGCUAACAAGUCCAAGACUUGCUGUAAGAAAAAGAACCAUCAUUGCUCUUGGCCAUCUUGUAAUGAGUUGCGGCAACAUAGUGUUUAUUGAUCUAAUUGAACAUCUGUUGACCGAACUAUCUAAAAAUGAUUCCAUGUCUACCACUAGGACAUAUAUACAGUGCAUUGCUGCUAUUAGUAGGCAAGCUGGCCACAGAAUAGGUGAAUAUUUGGAGAAGAUCAUUCCACUUGUAGUGAAAUUUUGUAAUAUAGAUGACGAUGAAUUGAGAGAGUACUGCAUUCAAGCAUUUGAAUCAUUUGUCAGAAGGUGCCCAAAAGAAGUUUAUCCUCAUGUAUCUACUGUUAUAAACAUUUGUCUAAAGUACUUAACAUAUGAUCCCAAUUACAAUUAUGAUGACGAAGAUGAAGAUGAAAAUGCUAUGGAUGCAGACGGUGCAGAUGAUGAUGAUCAAGGUAGUGAUGAUGAGUAUAGUGAUGAUGAUGAUAUGAGCUGGAAAGUGAGACGUGCUGCUGCUAAAUGUUUGGAUGCUGUUGUCAGCACUCGCCAUGAAAUGCUUGGAGAGUUCUACAAGACAGUAUCUCCUGCACUCAUUUCUAGGUUCAAAGAGCGUGAAGAGAAUGUAAAAGCAGAUGUGUUUCAUGCAUACCUAUCACUUCUGAAACAGACGCGUCCUGUGCAAAGUUGGCUUUGUGAUCCUGAUGCAAUGGAACAAGGGGAAACUCCUUUGACAAUGUUGCAGAGCCAGGUUCCAAAUAUUGUAAAGGCGCUACAUAAACAAAUGAAGGAGAAGAGCAUAAAGACUCGGCAAUGUUGUUUUAAUAUGCUUACAGAACUAGUAAAUGUUUUGCCUGGAGCUCUGACACAGCACAUUCCUGUUUUAGUACCAGGUAUCAUCUUUUCAUUAAAUGACAAGUCAAGCUCUUCUAACCUGAAGAUAGAUGCUUUAUCAUGUCUUUAUGUCAUCCUUUGCAACCAUUCUCCAAAAGUCUUCCACCCACAUGUGCAGGCAUUGGUUUCUCCAGUGGUCAUCUGUGUCGGGGAUCCUUUCUAUAAAAUUACAUCUGAAGCCCUGUUAGUUACGCAGCAAAUUGUAAAAGUCAUUCGCCCAUUGGACCAGCCAUCUUCCUUUGAUGCUGCCCCAUACAUAAAGGAUCUAUUUACAUGUACAAUUAAGAGACUCAAAGCGGCCGACAUUGAUCAAGAAGUAAAAGAACGUGCAAUUUCCUGCAUGGGGCAAAUCAUUUGUAGUCUAGGUGAUAAUUUAGGGAGUGAUCUACCUAGUACCCUUCAAAUUUUCCUGGAAAGGCUAAAAAAUGAGAUCACACGGUUGACCACUGUGAAAGCUCUAACUCUUAUAGCUGGGUCUCCAUUGAAAAUAGAUCUAAGGCCAAUACUGGGAGAAGGGGUGCCUAUUCUGGCUUCUUUUCUCAGGAAGAACCAGAGAGCUUUAAAAUUGGGGACACUUUCUGCAUUAGAUAUCCUAAUAAAAAACUAUAGUGACAGCCUGACUGCAGCAAUGAUCGAUGCAGUGCUAGAUGAGAUUCCACCUCUUAUUAGUGAAAGUGAUAUGCAUGUCUCCCAGAUGGCCAUUAGCUUUCUUACAACUUUAGCUAAAGUAUAUCCAUCCUCUCUGUCCAAGAUAAGUGGAUCUAUUCUGAUUGAACUUAUUGGGCUAGUGAGGUCACCAUUAUUACAAGGAGGAGCGCUCAGUGCAAUGUUAGAGUUCUUUCAAGCUCUGGUGGUUACUGGAACAGCAACUUUAGGUUACAUGGACCUGCUUCGUAUGUUAACAGGCCCCGUUUAUGCACAGAGCUCAGCACUUACACACAAGCAGUCCUAUUAUUCUAUUGCCAAAUGUGUAGCUGCACUUACUCGAGCAUGUCCUAAAGAGGGGCCAGCUGUUGUUGGACAGUUUAUUCAGGAUGUUAAAAACUCAAGGUCUACGGAUUCUAUCCGGCUUCUCGCUUUGCUUUCUCUUGGUGAAGUUGGACAUCACAUUGAUCUAAGUGGACAGCUUGAACUUAAGUCUGUCAUUUUGGAAGCAUUUUCCUCUCCUAGUGAAGAAGUAAAAUCCGCAGCUUCCUAUGCACUUGGCAGCAUCAGUGUAGGCAACCUUCCUGAGUAUUUGCCAUUUGUCCUACAAGAGAUAACCAGCCAACCCAAGAGACAAUAUCUCCUGCUUCAUUCUCUCAAGGAAAUAAUAAGCUCGGCCUCAGUAGUAGGUCUGAAACCCUAUGUUGAGAAUAUUUGGGUGUUACUUUUGAAACACUCUGAAUGCGCAGAAGAAGGAACCCGGAAUGUUGUUGCUGAAUGCUUGGGGAAGCUCACUCUGAUAGACCCCGAGACUCUCCUGCCAAGACUAAAAGGAUAUUUAGCUGCAGGUUCGUCUUAUGCUCGAAGUUCUGUAGUAACUGCUGUCAAGUUUACAAUUUCUGAUCAUCCACAGCCUAUUGAUCCACUGCUCAAGAACUGUAUCGGUGAUUUUCUGAAGACCUUAGAAGAUCCUGAUUUAAAUGUUCGACGGGUAGCACUUGUGACAUUCAAUUCUGCAGCUCACAACAAACCUUCAUUAAUCAGGGAUCUGCUUGAUUCAGUGCUUCCCCAUUUGUAUAAUGAAACUAAAGUUAGAAAAGAACUAAUAAGAGAGGUUGAAAUGGGUCCUUUUAAACACACUGUCGAUGAUGGCCUAGAUAUCCGAAAAGCCGCCUUUGAGUGCAUGUAUACUCUUCUUGACAGUUGCCUUGAUAGGCUUGACAUCUUUGAAUUUCUAAAUCAUGUUGAAGAUGGCUUGAAAGAUCACUAUGACAUUAAGAUGCUAACGUUUCUUAUGCUGGUGAGGCUCUCUACUUUGUGUCCUAGCGCAGUUUUGCAGCGGUUGGAUAGGCUGGUUGAACCCUUACGUGCCACAUGCACAACAAAGGUAAAGGCAAACUCUGUGAAACAAGAAUUUGAGAAGCAGGAUGAAUUGAAACGUUCUGCUAUGAGAGCAGUGGCAGCACUUUUAACCAUUCCGGAAGCAGAAAAAAGCCCUCUCAUGAGUGAAUUCCAAUCCCAGAUCAGUUCAAAUCCUGAACUGGCAGCCAUCUUUGAAAGUAUUCAGAAAGAUACUUCCUCCGCUAGCCUAGAGUCCAUGGACACUACAUAAAUUACUUAAGGAGGGGACCGCAAUGUUGAACCAUAUAAUGCACUGAACUUGACAGGUUAUGUGUAAGGCAAAAGAGAAUGAAAUAUCUAAAUUUCAAGCUUCACAGUGUUCCACUUUACAUUUUAAGGAUGCAAUUUGGUUUAAUUCUAUAGUUGUUUUUGUAGCCUUAAUUCCAGGAAUACAUAUUUCCAUUCAGUACAGUUGUUAUGGGCUCAGACAUUUUUAAGAUCAAUAUCGUUUAGAAAGCAUGAUGUAUGGAAAAACAUUCCAGCAUCCAUUUGCAAGUGUAAUGUUUAGAAUUACAACUGUUAAAAACUGACCAUGAACAUUCUUUUUUAAUUCCAUUUUUCUUCUCCCGCUAUUCAAGCAUAUGAAGACUUGGCUUUUUGUACAACUAUUCUGUUCUUUUGAUUCAACUACAUAAAUGGCUUCUGGCUUGCA